AUGCUCGAAGCUACUAAUGGAAUUAGCGCACCGCCUUCAAAGGCAUCUCAGUCAGUUUCCAAACGCCAGUCCUCAUGCACAGCAACUAUAUGCCCAAAGUGCAAUUAUUGCAGUGGCGAACAUUUAAUUUACCGCUGCAAACAAUUUCUAGCUCUUCCAGUUCAGCGUAGAAUCACGGAAAUACGUAGCCGUAAGAUUUGCGCGAAUUGUUUACGAUCCACGUCGCACGUAGCUAAUAAAUGUGCUUCGGGCAGCUGCAGGGUUUGUCAAGCCAAACACAAUACUCUGCUACACUCAUCUAGCUCCGCAUCGGAAACAUCUGAGCACAACGCAAAUCCCGAUGAUACCAAGCCGUCCGGUUCUGCCACAGUUCUAGCGGCGCAUGCAUUGGGCUCGAUUAACAGUAGCUUUAGUAUACUAUCAACAGCCGUCGUUCACGCCUUCGACAUAAACGGCUCACCUCAUUCAUGCCGAGUACUUCUGGACUGCGGAUCAGAAAUUAAUCUUAUUUCGAAACGCUUUUUAGAUACUCUCGGGAUUAUUUCGCGUCCGUCUAACAUAACCAUUUCAGGGGUAAACGGAACGAUUUCUACAGCCAAUCAAAAGGUCAAUUUGAAAUUGCAAUCGCGCAUAAACUCAUAUACAGCUACAAUAGAGUGCAUCGUCGCGGACAAAGUGACAGACAGAAUGUCGGCACUCCCAUUGAAGCGCAAUAAAUUCCUCAUUCCCCACACGAGAUCAUCCCAUAUUACAAAAAACGCGGCUGGGCUGGAUUUUAGCAGGACGAUUGGGAGGCCUCGCAUUGCCUUCAAGGAUACUCGUACAUCAGAGGAAAAUUUUUGCGAACAGCAUUUCAUCAGCAAUGUCACACAGACCUCGCAAGGUCGGUACAUUGUCAAACUCCCCGUCAAGGAGCAUCUCAUCAGUAAUCUUGGAGAUUCUCGAGCCGCUGCUCUCAAACGAUUAUUCUUUCUAGAAAGACGUUUUCGUCGCGAUCCUCAAUUAAAAAUUCAAUACUCACAAUUCGUUGACGAAUAUCUUUCCCUGGAUCACAUGCGAUUGAUAAAUGCACUGCCCGAAGGAAGAUCAGUAAAUUUUUAUUUGCCUCAUCAUUGCGUAUACAAGGUAACCGAUCAGUCUUCAAAAUUGCGCGUUGUAUUUGAUGCUUCUUGCAAAACAAUCAGCGGUAUCUCUCUAAAUGAUGCUUUGAUGGUGGGCCCAGUCAUUCAGCAGGAUUUGGCAUCCAUUCUGACGCGUUUUCGUAUUUUUCAAUACGUUAUUUCUGCCGAUAUUAUCAAAAUGUACCGGCAAAUUUUGGUAGAUCCUUCACAAGCAAGUCUGCAGAGAAUUCUUUGGCGCAGCGAUCCCAAUUCGGAUAUCCAGACGUACGAAUUAUCGACUUUGACAUACGGUACAUCAUCGGCAUCAUUCCUGGCAACCAGAUGUCUCAAGCAUUUGGCCGAACAACAUGCUUCCAUUUACCCUGUUGGCUCCACUUGUGUCCAGUGUGAUUUUUACGUUGACGACAUGCUAUCAGGGGCGGAUACGAUUGAGGAAGUCAGUCGUAUUCGGGAUGAAACAAUUCAAUUGUUGCGUCGAGGCUCUUUCAAGCUGAGCAAGUGGGCUUCUAAUUGUCGCAAAUUGCUCGAAGCAGUCGACAACAGAAAUGGCGAAGUAGUCAGCAUAGAUGAUCAAAGUAAUUCCUCUAUUCUAGGAAUUCAAUGGAAUCAAAUCAGCGACACCUUUCAUUUUUCAUGCAAGCUUAAUACUACUCCUGGAGUUGUAUCCAAGCGUGUCAUUUUAUCAGAAGUUUCAAGGUUGUUUGAUCCUCUCGGCCUCCUCGGCCCAGUUAUUGUUACGGCAAAACUCAUUUUACAAGAGCUGUGGCAGUCCGAGGUCCAUUGGGAUGAAUCAGUACCUCAAGAUAUUCAUUCUCGUGGGUCAAAACUUAGAUCACAGUUGUUCGACAUCAAUCAGUUGCAAAUUCCACGCUGUGUCAAGCCAAAUUCAAACUCCACCGUCAUUCAAGUACAUGGUUUCUGCGACGCUAGUCAACGAGCUUACGGACCUUGCGUGUACAUUCGCGUCGAGCUUGGACUAGGAAAAUAUCAAUUUGAACUAUUAUGUUCGAGAUCUCGCGUUGCUCCCCUCAAGGCCGUGUCUCUGCCCAAGCUGGAAUUAUGCGCUGCCGUUCUGUUGGCAAGACUGAUAGGUGGAAGAGUCGUUAAGCUUCGCACGCAUUCAAACAUUUCUCUGGUCGGAUUCCACGAUCACGUUAAACUGGAUAACGUCUUCGUCUAG